UUUCAUAGAAGUUUACGUGCCCAUUGCUGUUUUUUUAGCAACUGCUCUGUCUGAUACGUAGAUAAAGGCAGCGAUAGGUCCGCCUGUACCGAUGACCAAACAAUGUAAAGACCGGAAACUAUCUUCAUAACUGACUAACGUCAAACUUGGUAACGCCUUCAUGUUCCAAAGUACAACCAGAGUACCGGUUGGCUUACAAUUUGUGCAAAAGGUCGCUAGAUCAAAGGACGUUUUUGUCUGCCAGUUUACUUUUGUUGAAGAGAGUACACAUUAAGUUUUUUUUACAGCUGUUGUCAGCAAGGAGCAAAAAUGAGUCGAAGAGGUGAAAGAAACGAGGAAACGGACAAAGCCUCUGUUUCCUCAAACGUCGCAGACGAUUCACAGAGGAUGACAACAAUUUACGCUGUGUAUCUCAUCGCCGCUUUGGAUAUCACCUGGAUGUUUUUACAGUUCUCCGUAACCCCUUAUUUGGCAAAGAAGCUCGGCUUUGACACGUUGUGGUUUGGUUAUUUGCAAACUACAGUUGGAGUUAUUCAGCUGCUCGGGGGCCCAAUGUUUGGAAGGUUUGCAGAUCUAUUUGGGGCACGGACAGCUUUGUCCCUGGCAUGUGCUUCAACUGUUGUCUUCUUUCUGCUGCUGGCCACAGCAGACACUCCAGCCAUGUUGUUCAUCCAUAAAAUCCCCACAAUCUUUAUGCAUGUUCUCCCUGCAUCACAAAUGGUCGUUACAGACCUUACAAAACCUGAGAAACGGGCCGACGCCUUAUCCAAGCUUGGUCUGUGUUUUGGCAUCGGUAUGAUAGUUGGCUCCACAUUAGGCGGACAGCUGAGCAAACUCUAUGGGGAGAAGUUUACUGCAUGUUUUGGUGCUGCAGGGAGUGCCUUCAGCUUGCUGUUGGUUUUAAAGUUCAUCCCAAAAAAUACAAAAGCUGAAACAACCAGAGGCAACACUACAGAUGACAACAGAAGAAAGUCAGUAUUCAAUCUGAGUGAGAUUACAAGGCUGAUGAAGUUUCCAACAGUGAUGCAGACUUUCAUUAUCAAGAUAGUCGCAGGUUUGCCAUCAGGCAUUUUUCAAGUGAUGUUUUCUAUCAUUGCACUGGAGUUCUUUAAGCUGCAACCUGAGCAGAAUGGCUACCUGAUGGCCUAUUUUGGCAUCGUCCAAAUGGUUAUUCAAGGAGGAGUGAUCGGUCGGCUUACGGCAAGAUACUCUGACAAUUCAUUGCUGCUUCUAUCCAUUGGAGUGUCCUCUUUUGUGGGACUGGCUCAGGCAUAUAUACAGAAUGUGUGGCAGUUCUGCUUUAACAUCCUCCCGAUGAUGUUUUCUCUCAGUGUGUUUAAUGUCAUCACAGACAGCAUGCUCACCAAGAGUGUACCGUCCUCUGACACAGGCACAAUGCUGGGACUGUGUGCAUCUGUUCAAUCUCUGCUUCGCACAGUGGGACCUACUAUAGGGGGCUUCCUGUAUGUGAACUACGGCAUUUCCUCUAUAGGUUUAAUCCAAUUUUUCGUGAAUAUUGCUGUGUUUGUCUACCUGCUACAGCGCCGACUCAACAAGACAGCCGAGCAGAGAAAGUGACACCUCUCAGUCUUUUUGUCUCGCUUGUUCAAAAACUCAGAAAAAGGAGAGGAGAUGGAAAUCAGCUGUUGAUUUUAAAAACAAGCAUUAUAUACACACACAUUUCCCUUUUUUAGUAACUGCCAUAAUUAGAUCAUAUCCCAUUAUUCCAGAUUUUGUGCUCUGUUCAAGUUUCUGUUGAUUCAGUGUCAGAUCACUAGAUGGCACCAAAUCCUCUAUUUUACUGGCUGAUGGUUUUAUUGGCUCGUUGUUCACAUAAAGAUCAGAGUUUAAUCAGUUUGAUUAUGAUUGAAAACAGGGCCAACUCCAUUGCUACUACAAUUUAGAAUAAAAGUUAAUUUUCUUAAGUUAUUGUUUUGCAUUAAACUUUCGGAAAUGCUUUUGUUUUUUCUAUACAAAUUCAAAGUCAGGAAUGCACUGUAGACUUACCUUUGCACUGAAAAGGACCAAUCUUAAUUCUAAACAACCACGCUUUUUAAUGGCUGUAAACUUUCAUAUAAAUAAAUGUGUGAGAGGAAAAAAAAGCAAAUUUAAUAAUAAUAAUUGCCAGAAUAGUUCAGAGACUAUGAUGCCAGUGCUGUCCUGGUACACCCUUAGUAUCACCCAGCCAGGCUUCAACUCACUACUGUAAGUAAACUACUUUUAUUUACUCGUUCAUAUUUAGGUUUAGAAUGAUGUGGUGAAAAAAAGUGAACUGAUAAAAUACAACAUGUUAAAGAUUAAACCAGUGGUUCCCAAACCUUUUUUGUUGUGUUUCACCUCAUGUUAAACAUGUGAUGGGUAUAAAGUCGCUGGAGCGUUUCUGGGUAUUUUGGCAACCCACAAAAAGUCUAAGUGCCCCCAAUAUCCAGUAAACACCAACUGGAAUUAAGUAACUAAAAUACAUUUACAGAAUUUAACUAGUGGACUGUGAUUUUGCUUACCUUUGUUCACUUUAGCUUUUCCAUUUGUAUAUAAAUGUAAAAAUCAUAACACUGCAGCCACCUACAAAAUGGCCAAUCCUCCGUGUCUAAUGUAACACACCAUCAAGUCAAUUUUUCCCAAAGAUGAAAUAUGUUUUUAACUGUUGCAGAUACAUAUUUAUAGCUCUUCACAUUACCUGAUAUGAAUUUGGAAAAGGUUUUUAUAAGAUGUAAUCCUGUCUGAAUUUAAAUCUAUGAGACAUCUGCAACAUCAAAGCUGUAUUAGUCUGGCAAAGUCUGUUUGGAGCUCUAACACAGUUUGCAACCAACAUACAGCUUGUAAAAUAAGUAUUGAAAAUAUUAAAUAUAGGUUUGAUUUCUUUGCAUGUGUGGAUUGGAUGGGUUGUUACCGACAUCUGGUGAGAAGUUCAUCUCGAUAGCACAUUUAGAAAUACAUCUACUUAGAAAACUGGUGACGUGUUCAAAAUUAAUUUUACCUGCUGUAUUUAAAAUUAUUGAAUAUUUCAGGCCUAAAGCAUUCAUUAACUCUUUAUUUAUUUCUUGUACAUUUCUUAUACAGUUUCUUAUACAGUUUAGAAACACAGAUCAGUUUUGGUUUAGCGUUUUUAGCAUCCAGCUGUGUGCUGUGUAAGUGGCAUCAGUGUCACCAGUAGAGUUUCUCCUUAUACAAACUAAGCAGUCCAGAUGAACACAAAAUACAUGAUUGUGUGUGUAUCUUGCUCUCUCCAGAUCACACAGCGCAGUGUGAAUAGGGAUUCGUGUUUAUACACCAGGUGACUCAGGUGUAAUUAUAGUAAACAGAGACACAAUAAAGAUUAGGAUUAAAGAUUGAGAUUAAAUUUUCAGCAUAUGUCAGCCUGUUCAUGGUAUCAAGUACUGGAGCUAGCAGGAAUGGACUUACCCACACAGAGUGUCUGAUGAAGCAGGUGAUGGUGGGGCUGAAAGUGCCUGAAAGCUUUCCCCUGCCUUAAUGAAGAUCAAAGAAAUUAGCAAGAAGGUGUUUAAAAAGAAGUUGAAAUGCCUAUAACAGCUGGGCUCAAUGACAGGCUGCUGUAGAUGAAGCAAUUGUAGAAAUGUUCAGAGCUCGCAUCACUGAGCUAGCAGCAGAGAGGUCUUCCACACGGCGUACCUGUAGAAAUGUAGUUUUUACUACAUGUAUUCUUAUAGGCUUCCUUGUCCUGACGUUUCAACUUAAGAUAAAUGAAAAUGUAAGAAAUCAAUUAAGCAAAUGCUGAGAGAACUUAAUUCAGACAGUAAAGAAACCACAAAAGUAUAAAAAUAAAAACCGUCCAUAGCCAACACCGGGUGAUAAAAACACUCGACAGAAGGUCAGAACAGCCUUUCUUGAAGAUAAUUCAAUAAUAUGACACAGGCUGAUAUGAGUUCCUGGAUAUUCCAAAGGAAAAACCAAAUCCUUCCAACCAAUCACACCCUCCUUGAGCCUGGUUUUGCUGGAGGUUUCUUCCUGUUGAAAGGGAGUUUUUCUGUCCCACUGUUGCCAAGUGCUUGCUCUGAUUUGGAGGGUUUCUGUCUAACAAUGUAAGAUCUUUACUCUGCAAUAUAAAGCACCUUGAGACAGCUGUUAGUG